AUGCAGACCACGGCCACCCAUCACUCAACAGUCCCAUCCCCCCAUCUGCCGGCCAACCAUUCCAGAAAAAGCUUGAUUUCGCAGAAUCUAUCCGCAAAGAGUAACACCAAUGCCAUCGCCGAUCGGACAGUCAUGAGGAACGCCAUUCGUCGGGUCGGUGAAGACACCGGGGCAAGACGUCGCGGGCGGCGCGCGAUGGCUCUGGAAGCAACCCGGAUUGGAGCUCGUGAGCGAGAAGCCGUACGGGCCGAAGGGGUUGCCGUUGACCUCGCUGAGGUCGUAGCUGACCUGCCCGGCGCCCGAGUUCGUGUACUCGAGCUGCAGGAUCGGCUUCUCGACCUCCCCCGUCACCUUGCCCAUCUUGACGGAGCGGCCGUUGUGGGGGGAGACGUAGGUCUCGGCGUAGGUGCCGGUGCGGGCGGCGAGCUCGUGGAUGGGGCUGCAGGCGGGGACGCCGUUGUCUUCGCCUCCGCCACAGACGUAGAGGUACACGGGGAAGGCGCAGUGGUUGCGCACGUGCGCUUGGCCGGUGGUGCCGGCGGCGGUGUCGAUGUUGGUGACGGGGGUUCCGCCGGCGACGAUGGGAGCGGCGGUCACGGCUGUGGCCUUGGUGGCGUCGGCUGGGGCUGGGCCGGAGAGGGAACGGCGAAGUAUCCCAUGGAUACAAGCGUCGCGAUGACGGUUGCCGAGAAAUGCAAUUUUUGGUAUGGUGGUCAGGUUUUUGAGGUUAAGGGAAUGUGGGGUUUGAGGAGUGGUGAAGGAGAGGCUUUGACGGUCGAAGCUGGCUUCAUGGAGACUGGGUGA